ACAGCAUUGCUGUUAUACCUCACCAUACCUGUCACUGUUGCAACCGCAGAGCGCUCAUUCUCCAAGUUCAAGUUGAUAAAGUCUUAUUUAAGGAGCAGCAUUGGACAAAGGCUCAGUGGGUUGGCUAUGCUCUCAAUAGGGAACAGCAGAGUCAGGAUUUGGACUUGAGCCUCAGAGUCAUUCAUUGUCAGAUUUAGGUUAUGUGAAGUACAAUAUGUGGUAAGCAGUUCCAUCUAGAUGAUCCUGGCCUGCACACCUGAAUAGACCCCACUCAUAUUAGCCGCGCUGUCGUAACCCUGCCCCCAACACUUGCUCAGGUCAAAUCUGUUACUCACUAUGCUGUCCAGGAUUUUCUUUUGCAGCUCAUAUUCUGAUGUGUCCACCGUUUCCUUGAAAUUCAAGCAUGUAAUGUCACCAUCCACAACCGCUGUCGAGACACUUUACCGAACUGUGCCAAAAUGAAACAGAGGCAGCAGAAGACAGCCCUAAUGCGGAAUAACUCAGCCCUGCAGAGUGUCACACUUCGCACAAAAAGUGUAGGAAUGCGCGAGCGUCCGAGUUCAGCCAUCUACCCUUCCGACAGCCUCCGACAGUCUCUGCUAGGAUCCCGCCGUGGUCGGUCCAACCUUUCCCUGUCCAAGAGUGUCUCCACCAACAACAUUGCAGGAACCCUUAAUGACGACUCUCCCCUGGGGUUGCGCAGGAUCCUGUCUCAGUCCACAGACUCCCUCAGCUUCAGGAACAGAGCUAUGUCAAUGGAGUCUCUCAAUGAUGACGGAGAUAUUUACUACACUUCAGUGCUGGAGGAGAUGGAGCUCGAGGGCCAGGACUUUAAGGCUGACUCAUGGAGCAUGGCCGUGGACAGCAAUUACUUGCAGUCACAGAGCAAAAACAUAAUCAAGAGGCAGGAUGUCAUCUAUGAGCUGAUUCAGACAGAGGUGCACCACAUGCGAACCCUGCGCAUCAUGGAACGGAUAUUCCAGCAGGGCAUGCUGGAGGAGCUUCAGCUGGACCCCAGCAUUGUGCAUACCAUGUUACCCUGCCUGGACCAGCUGACCAGCAUACAUUCCCAUUUCCUGACACAACUUCUCCUGCGCCGCAACAACAGCCUACAGUCUGAAUCUAGUUGCAACUUCACCAUUCACCAUCUGGGGGACAUACUACUCGAGCAGUUCUCAGGUCAGUGUGCAGAUGACAUGCGAAAGACCUACGCUGAGUUCUGUAGCCGCCACUUGAAGGCUGUCAAAUUGUACAAGGAACUGCUGGCCAGAGACAAGAGGUUCCAGUGCUUCAUACGGAAGGUGAGUCGAGGACCCUGGCUACGGUGCCAUGGUGUUCAGGAGUGCAUCUUGUUGGUGACUCAGCGAAUCUCCAAGUAUCCUGUCCUUAUUCAGCGCAUUCUGGACAACACCACCGAUGAUGAAGAAGAAGCCUCUUUAUUGGCCCAGGCUCUUCUGAUGGUCAGAAAACUUCUUAGUUCAAUAGACCAACAGAUGGAGGAACUGGAGAAGACGCAGCGGCUGCAGGAGAUCCAGGCCAGGUUGGAUCCACGGGCUGAGGCCAGAGUAAGAGAUGGUAGACUUUUCAGGCAAGGAGAAUUGCUCCGCCGGAGCCUUGUCCAUGAAGGGACCCUGUUCUGGAAAACACCAGGAUCCCGGCUCAAAGAUGUACAGGUGUUACUGAUGACAGACAUCCUGGUAUUUCUGCAGGAGAAAGACCAGAGGUACAUCUUUCCUUGUCUGGACAAACCUCCAGUGCUGUCCCUUGAGAACUUAAUGGUGAGGGAUAUAGCCAAUCAGGAGCGAGGCAUGUUCCUCAUCAGAGACUCCACCCCUCCUGAGAUGUAUGAGUUCCACGCUGCCUCCAAGGAGGACAAGAACAUCUGGAUACGCCACAUCCAGCACGCCGUCAGCAAGUGCCCAUCAAGAGAGGAGUUCCCCCUCAUAGAGACUGAACACAAGGCCCACCUGAGAAGACUCAAAGCUGACCUCCAGCAGAAGGACAGGGAAAUGCUGGAGCUUCUGCAGGAGAGGGUGACUCUAUUCUGUGAGCUGGCAGAGGUGACAAGUUGUGAAGAGGGCCUACAGCCUCCCAUCACUCGUUACUUGUUCAGGGCAGACACACCUCAAGCUCCCCGUGCAGAGAAAUUCCUACUGGAUGCCACAGCUGAGGUGGACAGGUUGAGUGAGCUCCUUCUGGGCUGCAGUGUGGAAAUCCCUCUUCCUUGCCAUCACAACCACAUGGAGGCUGUAGAAACCAGUGAUCAGGAUCUUUUAGUCAAUGGAGCACAUGAUUCCCCUGCAGCAAAGGAUUGCUCGAGGAGUGAAGACAAGCCACCAUCUGCAGAGAUCUGUCAGCGGCUGAUGAAUCUCAGUGUUUAUCUCCACGCACUCCAGGGUGCUGUCAUCAAACAAGACUCCAUCUUGGAGCUGCUGCUGCAACCACAGGAUGCUUCAGCACCAGCUACAGGAGGUGUAAGGCGUCCUCUCUGGCGAGAUGGAAGUCGGGAGGCCAGUGUGGGGUCAACCAUUGGGGAGUUAGCUCUUUUGCAGAGACAACACAGCCUGCUGCAGGAGGAGCUGCUGAGGCUGCGGGAUGCUGAGAGUCGGUUCAAGGACAGCGAGAAGGCCCGGGCCAAGCUAGAGAGGCAGGUCCGACACAUGAAGGUCUGCAGCGGGGCUUCACCUGCCUCCCAGCAGCUGGGAGAGCAGGAAUCUCAAUCAGGAAGAGAGGUCUCAGCUGGAGAUGACGCCCAGUGGGACAGCCAGGAACCUGUCCACCAAACAGAUGGCCUCCAGGACAGCAGUGAUUUGGAAGUAGACAUUAUGUCAGAUGAUGAUGGGACGGCAUCUGAAAGCUCAGGCAAAGAUCUUCAAGAUAUUCCAGAGGAGUUCUGAUCCUUGGCAUGUUUUUGAUUAUGAUACAAAUUGAUUAUGAUACAAAUUGACUGACUCCAACAGUAGACCACUAUACCAGAAAGCACAACAAUGCGCAUGUCUAACUUUUCUGCAAGUCUGAAUAUUAUUUAGCUGCUUUGCUUUUGAGUACAUGGCUUGUGACGGUUAGUUGUUUUAUUUUUCAGUUAUGCUUUGGAUUGUUUGGAUUUCUAUGAUUUACUUCCGUCACUUGACCAAAGGGUUGUGGAAAACCGAUGGACAUUGCAAAUAUGUAACUCUGUUAAAUCUUUAGAUUUGACUAAAUGACCAUUAGGACUGAUGGUUAGGGCUGCUACUCUUUUCAACAUAUGCAUUUGUAUCCCCCACAAAAAUCAAGGAAUGUAUCAGUGUUUAGUUUAUAUAUUGAAGAAUAUCAACAAUACAAAAAAAGCUGGGUGAAAACUGGAUUUUAAAAAUACAAUUUGCACCUUUGUAGCUUAUAUACAGGUUUUAAUGGCGUUUAACAGACUCUAGUGCUUUACUGUGAACUGAGUUGAUGGACAGUGUCUUCCUGCUGUAUGACAAACAACAACCUUGAUGUGAGUUUGGUUUAAAUUGUGCUGCUCCUUUUGAAAUGUGUGUAUUUAUCUUUGAGAAUUUUUAAAAGCUAAAAAUGAUGUGCCCUACAAACAAACCACAUCAGGAGAAAAAAAGUAUGUGUUUAUAUGAAUUACCAGAAAGAUCACAUAUACAGCAACCUGUACUGAAAUACCAGAAAAAUAGUUAACCAGCACAAUCUAAAGAAAUCUAAUACAACUGCCAUGCAAUAAAUCCUGCUUUUUAUGAUGCUUAUAGUACAUGUCACAAUGGAGCUAAUAUUGUCAAAAAUGCAAUAUUAUUCUUAUCAGUCUCAUCCAGAAGAAUAGAUUUUUUUAUAUUAAGUGAUAAUCAUCUGUGGAGGUUCUGCCCUAACUUAGAAUUUGGACAUGAAUGAUAAUAUUCACCUGUGCAGAAUGCAAACUGCAACUUCUUCAUCUUCUUCAAACAAGUAAAACAAGUUUACAGGCGCAUUACCACCAACAGCUGGAAUGUUUUUAGUGGUGAAUUGUGGGAUAUGCUUGGCUCUGAAUAGCACUUCAAAGUGGUAUCAAGAGAGAUGUGCAUCAAGUGCAGAUUAAGUGGACUGAGUGCUGGCAUAAUUCUGAAAUGGGGCUCACUUGCCUGCUACCUGUCGACACAUUAACACGUACUUAUGUGCUCAAAACUCUAAGUGUGGAUAUUGGGUACCAAAGUCACACUGCUCCCUCUUUUGUUCCUGACAGAGUCAUAAUUCAUGCAGCCACUAGAGGUCCUUUUUGGGAAUUGAAAUGACAAAUGCUUGUUAUUCUACUGAGGACAACCUUCUCCCUUAACAGCUGAAAUACACCAGGCAUGGACACAAGCAUCACAUAGGAAGGGCGGAGUGGGUUUUUUUCACCUGCUACACCAACUGUGUCAGCUUCACUGCAUGUGUAUUGAGUUUUGCCAAGUGAUAAUGCAGUUGGUUAUGCAGGGUUUGGAAGUGUAGGCUAUAUUGACUGGUACUGAAUUCAUUUACAAGAUUGUUUCAACUACAGGAUCAUGGACACUAGGGGUGUGCCCGAAUACAAAUACAUUAUUCAGCAAAGCACAAAUAGUGGGUUUUUUACGAAUA